ACUGGAGGUUUGGUUUGGACCAGAACAGGUUGACGUCACAAUGCCCGACAAAAGUGUAGUUUUCGAGAACAGAAACCUGACCUUAACCUGUACUACCACCGCCUAUCCCAACCUGACCUUCAUCUGGGACUACAGUGAUGGAACACCUGUAGGUGGCAACACAGGGUCUGUGUCAAGGUCGUCUACAUGGUGGUCCCAAACCCUCACCUUCAAGCCUUAUAAAGACAAGACAGCUGUGAGAUGCCAGGUCAGAAACACCAGAACAUCGGCAACACAGACUGGUUCUGUGUCCCUGGAUGUCAAGUACCCCCCAUCUGACCCUCCUUCCAUCACACAGUUUGAGACUGUGAUGUUUGAAGGAGACCCGGAGACUAUCAGCUGCUCGGUAACAGGAGGAAAUCCUCUAGCUACUAUCAUGUGGUCCUGUCCGGGCGCCGGAGUAGCAUCGGUCAGUGACAGUGGUCAGACCAGGACAUCUACUCUCUCCUUCACUGUUAGCAGGAGUCAGAACGGUCAGCAGUGUCAGUGUCUGGGGUCGUGGCGGUAUGGAGGAUACAUAUACAACCUCUCUGUUGUUAGGACCUUCAAUGUCAGUUGUCCAACAAACCCACAACCACUCAAUGCCGAAUAUAACAUGGCAGGUGUAAUAGCAGGAACCACAAUAGGAACCCUCUUUCUCACCCUGCUAAUUGGAGGGAUAGUUAUGACGAUCUUCUAUAGGAAGGGGUUCAGGUUUGGAAACGUCUUGUCAGGAACCACUUCACAAAAAAGCACCAGAAAUCCUGAAAUUGAAGAAAUGGAAAACAUAGGAUAUUCAUCUUUGGAUCAUGUCAACAGUCCAGCUCAGAACUCAAGCAUGGAUAAAGAGGCGUCUGAAAACCAACAUUACACACAGUUGAAGAUUUAUGAGAAUACAAACGCGGAUGCUGCAGCAGAUACAAGUACCUAUGAAGGCAUGGCAGAGACUCCCCCUGUGACCUAUGAGUCGAUCAGAGCAUCUCCAUAUCAGAACACUGGAGCACUUUCUCAAGGUCCUGACAAUGGAAAUAAGUAACGAAGAAGGAAUUCAUUAUUAUAUCACUUCCAGUAACAGACCAAGGAACGCAGCAUAUUAGAUUU